UAGAACGAACACCCGACAAAACUUGGAUCAAACGGCCACCAGUUUUCUAAAUAAAAAUCGAUAGAGAUCUGCAGUACGGUCAGGUUUCUGCGCCUGCGUCGGUGACGUAUAAUUUUCACGUGACGUCACUGAAUAAUUUUAAUCUUUAUUAAUUUUUUUCUUGAAAUUUAUAAUCAAUUUUGAAGUUUAUUCGUGAAAAUUAUAAUUUAAAUACUUUUUUCAACAAGUCGAUGUAUUCGAAUGACAUAAACUCUAUAAUUUGUAAAACAUUUGGCGCGCAUACCCAACACCAUCUCACAUCUUGUUGUGAACGCCAUUGUGAACUCUAACGACUUUGGAAGAGAGCAAAAGUAAUCAGUGAUUUUUUGUGCCAUCGGUGUUUCCCAAUACUUUUUAUUUACAAGAUAUAUUUAAUCAUGGCUGCUGAACAAGAUAUGCCGACUUUCAAAUGUGUCUUGGUCGGUGAUGGUGGUACCGGUAAAACAACAUUCGUCAAAAGACACAUGACUGGUGAAUUCGAAAAGAAAUAUGUAGCAACUCUUGGAGUAGAAGUUCACCCUUUGGUUUUCCAUACAAACCGCGGACAAAUUCGGUUUAAUGUAUGGGAUACAGCUGGACAAGAAAAAUUCGGAGGGUUACGUGACGGUUACUAUAUUCAAGGACAAUGUGCGAUUAUUAUGUUUGAUGUAACAUCCAGAGUCACAUAUAAAAACGUACCCAACUGGCAUAGGGAUCUAGUAAGAGUUUGUGAGAAUAUUCCUAUUGUGUUAUGCGGGAACAAAGUCGAUAUCAAGGAUAGAAAAGUUAAAGCUAAAAGCAUCGUAUUCCAUAGGAAGAAGAACUUACAGUACUAUGAUAUUUCCGCAAAAUCUAAUUACAAUUUUGAAAAACCUUUCCUGUGGUUGGCAAGAAAACUCAUUGGAGAUCCCAACUUGGAAUUCGUAGCCGCUCCAGCAUUACUUCCCCCCGAAGUCCACAUGGACCCACAAUUGCAAGAACAAAUUGAAAAAGAUCUUAUCGAAGCUUCAGAAACUGCGUUGCCCGACGACGAAGAAGAUUUGUAAUUCAAAUUGACUUUUAAAAGAAAUUUUUUCGCAACAACGCCUUGGAAUAUUGUAAAAAUUUUGUUAGUUUUUUAUUUUUUAAUUUGCCCUAAUUCUCAAUACAUUUUUGUCGUUCACGAGUAUAAAAAUAACGUUUGAAUAAAUUUUUUUUUGUGUUUCAUUCUGGGGUGUUAAAAAAAAGACACGCGAUUCAACAAAGUGUAACGCAAUUGUGUGGAUUGAUAAAUUACAAGACUUGUUAACUUAAUUUGUACUUGUAUUUCUGAGUAAGAACUGUUGAUAUUUUUAUAUAUAAAUAUUUUCUAAAUUUGUUAAGAGAGUUUUGUCUGAGAGAGAAUGUUCUUUGGAAUAAUCCUUGGUAUGUUUGUUGGAUUGAGAUAUCGUAUCUUGAUUCAUUUUUUUGUAAUUUUUAACAGUUCUUUGUAAAGAGAAAUAGUUUUAAUUUCAAUAAAGAAAUUUUCCUUAACAAA